AUGGGAGCUAUUGACAACGCGCUUACAGCAAUCGAAUCGCUGAAAUUAGGAGAAUCUUUUAUGUAUCAAGAAAGUGCUGAUCGCUAUAGUGUGCAGCGAUCUACGUUGUCCCGAAGACACCAAGGUAUUCAUCUGUCAAGGGAGGCUCAGGCAACCAACCAACAAAAACUCAGCCCAGAACAAGAGUUGGAGCUUGCACGGCGUAUCAAAAGACUCACAGAGCGACGCUUACCACCUGCAUGA